AGCCCAGGCAGGCGAAGGGAGGAGCAGGGCAGGCCGGUGGGCGGGCAAAGGCUGAGUUUCACUUCCCGCCACUGCUGGCCCUCGGGGAGAACCAGCCAGAGCACGCCGGAGAGAUUGCUUGCUGCCUGCCUGCUAAGGCUCAGCGGCAGCCCCACCAUGGGCUCGCGGGCCCCUCCCCCAGGUCCCAUGCAGACCCUCAUCUUCUUGGACCUGGAGGCCACUGGCCUGCCCUUCUCCCAGCCCAAGGUCACGGAGCUGUGCCUGCUGGCCAUUCACAGAUGCACCCUGGAGAGCCCCCCUUCCCCUCAGGGGCCACCCCCUACAGUGCCCCCACCACCCCGUGUAGUGGACAAGCUCUCCCUCUGCGUGGCUCCAGGGAAGGCCUGCAGCCCUGCGGCCAGCGACAUCACGGGCCUGAGCACAGCUGUGCUGGCAGCGCAUGGGCGUCAGCGCUUCGAUGCUGACCUGGCCAACCUGCUCCGAGCCUUCCUGCAGCGCCAGCCACAGCCCUGGUGCCUGGUUGCACACAACGGUGACCGCUAUGACUUCCCCCUGCUCCAGGCAGAGCUGGCCGCACUGGGCCUUUCCAGCACACUGGAUGGCGCCUUCUGCGUGGACAGCAUCGCUGCCCUCAAGGCCCUGGAGCGAGCCAACAGCCCCUCUGAGCACGGCCCACGAAAGAGCUACAGUCUGGGCAGCAUCUACACACGCCUGUUUGGGCAGACCCCACCGGACUCACACACAGCUGAGGGUGACGUCCUGGCCCUGCUCAGCAUCUGUCAGUGGAGGCCACAGGCCCUGCUGCGGUGGGUAGAUGCUCACGCCAGGCCUUUCAGCACUAUCAAGCCUAUGUACACGGUCACAGCCUCCACUAGGACCAACCCAAGGUCAUCUGCUGCCACAGCCACUGCACCCCUGGCUGCAGCCACGGACACCACUCCCAACCCAAGGGUGGGCAGGAGGCCCCAGGCUCUUCCUCCAGUGAAGGGCCCUGGAGCCCCACCCAAGGAGGGGCUGCUGGCCCCACUGGGCCUACUGGCCCUCCUGACCUUGGCAGUAGCCACACUGUAUGGGCUGUCCCUGGGCGCCCCUGGGCAGUAGGGCCAAGAAGGAAAAUCUGACAAAGACCCCCACAACUGCACUGACUGGUCACUUGCCUCCUGCCCUCCUUCGCUGCCUGGGCCUCCACCCCCACUCAGGAACCUGGGGGAGGAGGGGAGCACAGUCUCUGUCUCUCAACCUUCCCAGCAGAAUGGUCAGAAGUCUGAGCCCAAUAAAGUAGGAACCUGGUCAAAAACA